AUCAAACUGAGGUUGAACAAAUCAACCAACCACAAUUUGAGUCAGUUUUAUUUAAAACAAUUCCCAAUAAUUGUUCCAUUCUUGAAUUACUGCGUACGGCAACACUGUGAUUGAAUUUUUGGAUAUUGCGCAACUCACGCGGCCACAGAACGAAAUAAAAGAGACGAGAAAGAAUACAAAAGUUUGGCAAAAUGCAAAAUUCUAUUCAAAGGUUGAUUCACAUCGUCGGUCACCAGACCUACAGUCACUUGCCGAUUCUCUGUGCGGUAGCCCCAACAAAAGUAUCAACAACAACAACAGGUAAAAUGUCAAUUGGAAACUCGACGCGACUCUCCUCAUCCUCUGUGCUGGCCACAGAGUCCUCGAACAAGGGCAUGAUCAUCAUCAACAGGCCGAAGGCGCUGAAUGCCAUCAAUUUGGAGAUGGUGCGCAAGAUUUACAAGCAUCUGAAAAAGUGUGAGAAAUCCAAGUCACUGAUGAUUGUCAAGGGCACCGGUGAUAAGGCCUUUUGCGCUGGCGGAGAUGUGCGUGCUUUAGUCGAUGCUGGACCCACGGACGAGUCGAAGAAUUUCUUCCGUGAGGAGUAUACGAUGAAUGCAUUGAUUGGCAACUACACGAUACCCUAUAUUGCCCUCAUCGAUGGUAUCACAAUGGGUGGCGGAGUUGGACUCAGUGUGCAUGGUAAAUAUCGAGUGGCCACGGAUCGGACUCUGUUCGCCAUGCCCGAGACGGCGAUUGGACUCUUCCCGGAUGUGGGCGGCUCACAUUUUUUGCCACGACUCCAGGGCAAAUUGGGUCUCUAUUUGGGAUUGACGGGUCAGCGUCUGCGUGGCGGAGAUGUUUACUAUGCUGGCAUUGCCACACACUAUUGCGAUAGCAGUAAAAUUCCCGAACUGGAAGCAGCGCUGCUCAACUGCCCGGAUGCGGAUGAGGUGCCCGAUCUGCUGGCAAAAUUCCACACGAAACCAGAGAAACCGUUCGCAUUGCAGCCCUUGCUGGAGCAGAUCAACAAGAACUUUGGCGCCACCUCUAUCGAGGGCAUACUCGAAAACCUGCAAAACGAUGGCAGCGAUUGGGCAAAGAAACAACUGGAGAUCCUUUGCAAAGUUUCACCCACAUCGCUGAAGGUUACCUAUCGCCAGCUGGAGCUGGGCUCCCAGUUGUCCCUGGCCCAGUGUCUGAUUAUGGAGUAUCGUUUGGCUGUGCGUCAUUUGGAGCCACGUGCUGACUUUAAGGAGGGUGUGCGUGCCCUGCUCAUUGACAAGGAUCAGCAGCCCAAAUGGCAGCCAGCCACGUUGGCUGAAGUGACCGAGGAGCAUCUGCAAUGGUUCUUCAGGAAGCUGCCCGACACCGAGGAGCUGAAAUUGUAAUGUAGCCAACGCCGAUGCGUUGCUUGCGUAGUUUGUAGACUGCAUUUUGUUACUACUUCUUCGGCUAUGAUCUUUUUGUCUUCCGCUCUUCUGCACCGUUCGAUGCCAUUCUAUAAACAUUUAAACAUUUCCAAAGAUAACAUUCGUUUAGCAUGCGUAGUUUGCCUGAUCUUUGUUAAUAGUCGCUCUUUUUGGCUGCGUAAGCUGGCUAAAUCUCUGGAAUCUCUUUUAUCUAUCUUCUUUUUUCCAACAGCGACUAAAUCAUGGGAAACCUGUGUUUACACCAGAAAUUUGAUGCAUUUAUAUAUGAGAUAUAUAUUAUACAGAAUAUAUAUAUUUAAAAAUUUACAUGACUAAUUGUGCCUAAAGAAACAGGAUAGAUAUUGAUUAAUAAUAAAUUGAAAAAUGUAUAUAUAUAUUUUAAA